AUGGAUCCCAAAGUACUCAAUUCUCGGACGCGACAAAACUGGCCCAUCCCUUCAGAGAUGAGAAAGAUUCAUCUACAGUCCCUGCUUGAUUUUGUAACAGAGAAAGAGGAAAAAAUUAUGGAGGCAUUGGAAACAGACCUUGGAAAACCUCCUUUCGAGAUUCUGGCGUCAGAAAUUUUAUGUGUCAAGUAUGAAAUUAAACAACUGCUGAAGAAUCUUAAAUCAUGGACAAGGCCCCGACCGAUGCCGAAAUACAGAAUAUUCCACAGAGAUAAAUGCACAGAAGAGUUACUGGCCUUUGGAACCGUUCUAAUUAUUUCGUCUUGGAGUUCUCCCUUCCAAAACAUUAUGAUUCCACUGGCGGGAGCCAUUGCGGCCGGCAACUGUGUCAUAAUUAAACCAGCUGAGCUGGCUACGGCUACUAACCAGCUUUUUGUUGAACAAAUACCAAAGUAUUUUGGUCGCAGCGUCUGCCAAGUUCUGACUGGCACAUUAGAGGAGACAAAAGACUUCCUCAGAGAGUAUAGCUGCGACUUUAUUUACUUUACUGGAGCUUCCAAUGACGGAAUAUAUAUAGCGCGAGAAGCGGCCAAAACUCUCACGCCAGUCUUUCUUAAUUUGUAUGGAAAGUGUCCGGUUUAUGUUGAUUCAUCAGCGGACAUCACUUUGGCUGCCAUGCGAGUUAUGUGGGGAAAAAUUUUCAACUGUGGGCAAAUGUCUGUCGCUCCAGACUACGUGCUUUGUCACGCCGAUGUGCAACCGAAAUUCCUCAAAGAAUGUCGAAAUGCACUGGAGUUCUUUUUUGGCGGCCUCCCAAAAAUCGACACGAAAAACUAUGGUCGGAUUAUCAGCAUGGAGCACACCGAACGCCUGAAGGAAAUGAUAUUCAAAACAGAAGGAAAACUGGUUCUUGGGGGAUAUGUACAUGUUCCUGCCAAGUUUGUUCAACCAACGGUGUUCUGUGAUGUUCCUGAAUACGACAUCUUGAUGCAGUUCGAGAUUUUCGGUCCAAUUCUACCCGUUAUUACGGUCAACUCAUCCGAAGAAGCCCUGGAAUAUGUCAGUAAUCAAAAAAAGCCACAAGCUGUGUACGUCUUUAGCUCCAAAAAGGGCGUUUUUCGAACGUGGAAGAAGCAUACAGAAUCUGAUGGCAUCAUACAGAACGAUGUUGUCAUGCUGAAAGGCACUAAAACGACAUUUGGUGGGGUCGAGGCCUCAGGACUGGGGCGAUAUCGAGGAAAAUCUUCGAUAGAACUCUUUUCUCAUCGGCGUGGAGUGAUCCUAAGGUCCAUGAAAGACGAUACUGACUGCAAAAUGAGGUAUCCACCAUCCCACAGCGCGAACCCGAUACAGCCUUAA